GGCAUUUGUUUCAGUUAAACUCCAGUGCAAGAAACGUGGCGUCUUUCCCAUUAAUCAGCUUGAGAGGGGCCUCUUCAGGACGAGGCUUGAAGUACCUAACCAGCUCCAUCAGUUAGCUACGCUAGUUCCAUCCACUUCACAUCAAGACCCCGUGCCGAGUCAGCCAGCUCCCGACCCACCUGGCAAGAUUACCGACCCUGCCUCGAAAAGCGUCUAAUGACCGAAAGUGGACCGACAACUUGCCAGAUUGUGUAUAAUAUCGAUAACGAAGUAGUCUAGUAGCGAUGUUUAUUUAUUUUAUAAAUUGAGCUAGCUAGCUUGUGCUACCGCAACUUUUAUCCAAGUAGCUGCAAGCAUCCCUGGCUUACUUGGGGUGGUUGUUAUUCAAAGACAAGAGUCAAGACUCACUAGGCUACUGCCAUUUGGCUAUUUGUAAUAGCUAUUUCUGGAGCCAUCUCCCCGUUGUACUUUUAUUACAGACAUAUUUGCUGUGACAAAAUAGGGUUGCUAAUUUGAGCAAUUCAUCAGUUUGCCAUCAUCGCCUCGUUUAGCUAACGUUAGCGAUCUAGCUCAAAUAGCUUAGCUAGCUAUCAAACCUGCUAGCAAACGUUACUUUGUUUUCUGGCUAGACAACUAGCUAGCUAGCCGCUAGCAGUAACGAUAGCAAGGUGCUGCUGACACAUCACAGCCAGGCGAGCCGUAGCAACUAGCAAUAGCUAGCUUGCCAAAUUAGAGUAGCUUUGUUUGAGUUCAUUUUCAAGAUGCCUGCAAUGUUGGAAAAAAACGGUUCCGAAAUAUCAGGGAAGCGGAGAGGGAGAAAUACAGUUAAUAAUCCUAACAAAAGUUUUGCUACGAAUGGAAACAGUAACAUUUCAUGGGAGGAAGGAAGUUCGGGCUCCUCCAGUGAUGAUGAGCAUGGUGGCGGAGGUAUGCGAGUAGGUGCUCAAUAUCAAGCCAUCGUUCCAGACUAUGAUCCUGAGGUGGCCAAGGCUGCCCAGGAGAGGGACAACCUGGGCAUGUUGGUGUGGAUACCCAGCCAGACCCUGGCGGAAACCAAACUUGAUGAAUACAUUUCAAUCGCCAAAGAAAAGCACGGCUAUAAUAUGGAACAGGCGUUGGGCAUGCUGUUCUGGCACAAGCACAAUAUAGAGAAGUCCCUGGCAGACCUGCCUAACUUCACGCCUUUCCCAGAUGAGUGGACGGUGGAGGACAAGGUUCUCUUUGAACAGGGCUUCAGUUUCCAUGGCAAGACAUUCCACCGCAUCCAGCAGAUGCUACCUGACAAGUCCAUCGCCAGCCUGGUGAGGUUCUAUUAUUCAUGGAAAAAGACUCGCAGCAAAACCAGUGUCAUGGAUCGCCACGCACGCAAGCAGAAGAGGGAGCGAGAAGAGAGUGAAGACGAGGCUGAGGAGACUCCUCCCAACCCUCCCAGCGACGUGGACUUUGAUCCCAGCAAGGAGGACAAGAAGGAGGUGGCCUCAGGAUCAGAAGCCAAACAGGAAGCCAAGCCAGCAGCAGCAGCAGCAGCAGCAGCAGUAGCAGCAGCAGCAGUGGUAGUGCAGAAGCCCACUGGCGUGGUCGAGAAGGUGGCCCAUGUGAAGAAGGAGCUCCAGGGACUGUCAGGGAAGAACCUGCACAGAGCCAAGAAGAAGCCCCCUAAGGGCAUGCACCUGCACCAGGGGGACGUCGGGGCCAUGUCCACGAGCGGCCCUGCGGCCUUGGGAGUGCUGCGACAGCUGGACACAGAGCUGGUCACCAUCAAAAGACAGAUCCAGAGCAUAAAACAGAACAACAGUGCCCUAAAGGAGAAGCUAUAUUCUGGAGUAAAUGACUUCCGCGUGCCUGAGGUGACCCAGAAGUUCAAUACUCGCUGGACCACAGAUGAGCAACUGCUGGCAGUACAAGCCAUCAGGAAGUACGGACGAGACUUCCAGGCCAUCUCCGACGUGAUCGGCAACAAGUCAGUGGUCCAGGUGAAGAACUUCUUCGUGAACUACCGCCGGCGUUACAACCUCGACGAGGUGCUGCAGGAGUGGGAGGCCGAGCACGGCGUGGAGGGGGGGGCCAGGGGAGGAGCGGAGGAGGAGAAGAUGGAGGUGUCUCACUCCCCUGAGGAGGCGGGAGCCCGAGGAGGAGCUGGCACGCCGGCCGUCCAUGAGGAGCACAAGGAGGAGUCGUCACCCACAGAGACCCAGCAGCCCCAGGCGUCCUGAGCGGGCGACCAUCUUGGGAGGGAUGGUGUUGGCGCUGGAACUUCUGCUCCCUGCGGAUCUGAGGGCUUGUGAAGGGACGAGGAGGAGCCUGCCCAGGUCCCAGUUCAGACCUGACCCCCCCCCCCCCCGGCCCCCCCGUCCCAGUUCAAUCCCAAACUAUGACUUGACCACCUCCUGAAGGUCACCAGAAGGUCAUUCUUUCCCCUAUCUCCCCAUGGUCAGCCCUCCUUCUCCCUCCCAACCCCGACCACCCCCCCCGUUUAACCGGACAUGUUAAGCUACCACUACAUACAGAGAGGGCACCAGCGACCACAUGUCAAAGAGACUGUGUAGUAACUACCAGGGUUAGCUAAAGCACUUUACUAUCCCACCACCAUGACCAUGACCGUGGCCAGACCGGCCAUCUCGACCUGAUCCUAUCCCUGUCCCCUUCCAGCAAUGAAUCCACAUCACAAACAUCCUUCCUGUACCUCCAUUUGUGUCCUUAUUAUGUCACACUGCAAAACCUUUUUUAUAUCUCUUCUUUUCUCCAGAAGUUCACUGUAAACCUAGCUUUAGUUAGUGACAAACACUACCAUAAUUUCCACCCUGUCCUACAGUUAGUGCUGGAGACAUCGGCACUGUACAGCCUAUCAGUCAGAUGCGAUUAUUCAGGUUAUUGAUUAUAUUAUGUUUCUCCUACAAAAGCUGGCACCACCAGCGAAAAAGGCAGCAGUGUUCUCGGGGCAUCUUGGUGAAAACCUAAGAGUUCAGUUCAGAGAGUUCAUCGCUAAUGGAAACUUGUCUCCCGAGAUUGUUCCAAUAGCUGAUUUAAUUUGUCUUCUGCCGAGAAGAGUCAAAUAAUUGUGGAAAUGUUAUUCAUUUUUAGGGCGCUGCUAAGUGCUCAAAUUGUAAAAUUGUAUUCAAGAAUAAUGGUUAAGGUUAUACUAUUUGUAUUGGAAUAUAUUUAUGAUGCGUUUAGUGAUUUGGUGUCUGAUGAGGCAGACCUAAUGAUUGAAGUAAGAAAUUGUACAUAACCUGGGAAUUGGAGGCCAAGGAUUUCAUCAUGUUCAACAGAGCCCUGGGGGUCUGGUUUCCUGGACACAUGACAUUGAGUUCUAACAACACCUAGACUAACAAAUACAAAUGAACCAAUUGGGAUUUGUUUAGCAACUCUAUGAAUCUUUAUCUUAAUCAAGGAAACCAACCCUAGGUGUCUGACCAUGUUUGACUUAAUGUGGACUUCACAUACUUCGAUUAGCAAUAUUUAAGAUUAAUUUAGACUUGAUUAGCAAUGCCUAGAAAAUAUAUACAAUUGGGUCAUACACCGUUAAGUUGUUGAACUCUGACCCCUAUCUAGUUCAGGUGAGAGGAUUUAGCCUUUAAAAUAGAUGAAUGAGAGAUUGUAAUUUGACUGGAUGUUCUUCAGAUACAUUUUUAUUAAAAACACUGGUUUCUCAGACACAGAUGAAGCCUAACCCCAUGCCCAAGACUCAUGUCAAUGUAGGUUGUCCUUGGAAAGUUCUUUGUUCUUUCAAAUAAAGAUGCUUUAGUCUGGAUCUGUGUUUGGGAAAUCAACACCUUUUAGAGAAGUAGGAAUUUUGUUGGUCAUGUCCUGUACACGGGACAUGCCCGUUGAGAAAUUUUUACUGUCCUGGUACCAAGCUUACUGUCAGCAUAAUGUUUUAAUGCCUUUUCUAUACUUGUGGAAAUGUGUGCGUUUCUGAGGGUAGGGUUUCAAUGCUGAGGGGGUCUGUGUGCGCACACGUGUUCAGGUGUGUGUGUGUGUGUGUAUUUUAUUGCAGUCAUUAAGCAUUAUGUAUCCAAUUUGCAGUUCAAUAAACAAUACAUUUGAAGGAUU